CCAACCGCCAUAAAAACAAAAGAAGAAGAAGAAGACGACACACUCGCCACAGACAUAAAACUGCAAACUCUGCACCAAAACAUUUAGAAUAGAAGAACUCUUUGGCAAAUCAAGGGCUAUUUCAACAAAGUUUGAUUAAUUUAUCUUAAUUCGACUUUUAAAAUCAGCUUUAAGUCCGCGCGUUUUUUGAAAAGUGAAGAGAAAUCGCCGGAAGUUAGCAACAGGCAGGCUUUGUUUGUUUUUUAAAAAAAUGUGUCAGGUGAAAAAGCUGAGAAAGUUGAUGGAACAGCGACUAAAUUCUGUCGUGGAAGAAAUAUUUGGACUGUUUGAAAGAACCAUAGCAGCGUACGAGGAGGAACUUUCUCGGACGAAAGAGGAAAAAGAGCGACAACAAGAACUACUGGAUGCUGUUUUCAAACCUCGAGUUGUGCUACACAGAGCAGACUUCCAGCAGGUAUCAGCAGAGAGUCAUGAAGAGAUUCCCUCCAAGCAACAGGAGUGGAGCUCCAGUGUGGGACAAAAGAAGCUUGAGCCCACUCCUAUAGAGGAAGAGGAGGAACUGUGGGAGCAGCUUCCAAGAUUGGAGGAGGUUCAUGACGAAGAUGAUAAAAACUCAGAACCAGACAGCAUCUUUGCUCCACUGUCAGAAACGGACGGCAUGAUAUCAGACUCUUCCGAUCACAGUGACGACAUCCAAAAACCUUUGAAGAGUAAAAAUGACUCUAAGGGUGGUACGAGACAUCACACUAACAACAAACGCUUUGACUGCUCUGAAUGUGGAAAAUCAUUUAGACAGCACGGUAAUUUUACAGUGCACAUGAGAACACAUACUGGAGAGAAACCUUUCACUUGCUCUGUCUGUAAGAAGAGUUUCCCCAGAAAGCAUCAAAUGACCACACACAUGAGAAUACAUACUGGAGAGAAACCUUUUGCUUGCUCAGCAUGUGCUAAAAGAUUCAACACUAAGACUGAAAUGAUAUCACACAUGAGAACGCACACAGGUGAGAAACCUUUCACUUGCUCUGUCUGUAAGAAGAGUUUCCCCAGAAAGCAUCACAUGACCACACACAUGCGAACACACACCGGAGAAAAACCUUUUGCUUGCUCAGCUUGUGCUAAAAGAUUCUGCACUAAGAAAAGAAUGAUAUCACACACGAGAACACACACAGGUGAGAAACCUUUCACUUGCUCUGUCUGUAAGAAGAGUUUCCCCAGAAAGCAUCACAUGACCACACACAUGCGAACACACACCGGAGAAAAACCUUUUGCUUGCUCAGCUUGUGCUAAAAGAUUCAGCACUAAGAAAAGAAUGAUAUCACACACGAGAACACACACAGGUGAGAAUCCUUUCACUUGCUCUUUUUGUAAGAAGAGUUUCUCCAGAAAGCAUAACAUGACCACACAUAUGAGAACGCACACUGGAGAAAAACCUUUUGCUUGCUCAGUUUGUGCUAAAAGAUUCAACACUAAGACCGAAACGAUAUUACACAUGAGAACACACACAGGUGAGAAACCUUUCAGUUGCUCUGUUUGUAAGAGGAGUUUCUCCAGAAAUCAACGCAUGAUUGCACACAUGAAAACACACACUGGCGUGAAGCCAUUUAGUUGCACUGGAUGUGAUAAAAUAUUCAGGUGUAAGCAGCAGGUCAGUAAACACAAGUGUGUAACAGUCAUGGAAGCUGCAGGGAUUUAAAAACAAUUAUUAAACAGUGAUUGUCCAUCCAUUUUCCAUCCAUUUUCUACCGCUUAUUCCCUUUCGGGGUCGCGGGGGGCGCUGGCGCCUAUCUCAGCUACAAUCGGGCGGAAGGCAGGGUACACUCUGGACAAGUCGCCACCUCAUCGCAGGGCCAACACAGAUAGACAGACUACAUUCACACUCACAUUCACACACUAGGGCCAAUUUUUAGUGUUGCCAAUCAACCUAUUGUGCUAAAUGUAUUUUAAAAACACAGCAUGUUUUAAUUUGAAUGUAUAUUUCAUGUUGAAUGUUGUGCUUCUCAUCUUCUAGUGUUAUACGUUGGCCUGUAUUCACUUUUUAAGUUGUGUGCAUUUAUUGAAUAUUAUAAAUGUAGCUACAUUUGUAUUCUAUUUUCCCAUUGUUAAAGAGAGGUCAUCUUAUUUUUUUUAAUUAGGUUUUUUUUCACACAUUUUUUCCAAUGCAUUUUAUUGAUUGUAUUAUCCAAUUAAAAGUAUGAAUCAAUAAAACUCAUCAGCAUCAUCAUCA